AUGGCAAACAUGCUCAUAAUCACCAUCACCUGGGCUGACCAUCACCUCCAGACACCUAUGUAUUUCUUCCUCCGCAGUUUUUCCUUCUGCGAAUGCUCUUUUAUCACCACAGUUAUUCCUAAACUUCUGGUCAUCUUUCUUUCAGGCAGGCAAAUAGUCCCCUUUACUACCUGUCUCAUGCAGUCUUUUUCGUUUUUAUUUCUUGGGUCAACAAUUUUCUUCCUUAUGGCUGUGAUGUCUUUGGAUCGAUACCUGGCCAUUUGCAAGCCUCUGCAUUACCCCACCAUCAGGAGCCUGAGGACUUGCUUCCACCUGGUCACUGCCUGCUUUGUCAUGGGCUUCACUCUCAUCACUGGUCUCAUGGUGAAGGUUUCCCAGUUAUCUUUCUGCGGACCCCAUGUCAUCCCUCACUUCUUCUGUGACCUCGGCCCUCUGAUCCAACUCUCCUGUUCUGACACCAGAUCUACUGAAAUGUUGGCCUUUGGCCUUGUUUCAUUCAUUCUUUUUACAUCCCUCAUUAUAACCAUCAUUGCAUACGGCAACAUAGUAGUCACAAUUGUACGACUUCCAUCAGCCAAGGAGCAGCAGAAAGCUUUCUCCACCUGCUCCUCUCACUUCAUUGUCCUCUCUCUGGUGUAUGGCAGCUGUGUCUUCAUAUAUGUGAAGCCGAAGCAAACGGACAGGCUGGACUCCAACAGAGAGGCUGCUCUUGUGAACACAGUGGUGACACCGCUGCUGAACCCGAUCAUUUACACUCUGCGGAACAAGCAGGUCCACCAGGCUCUGAGGGAUGCUCGGUCCAGAGUGAAAUUGUAA